AUGUUAUCCAAAAAGAUUCUGAAAAAUCGUGAGUCGCGUGACAUUUACAUUGAUUACCAAUGCGUCCUCAUGGUGUUACUGACUUCAGACACGAGUUUUCUUAUUUCAAAACCGCAGAAAUGGUCUAUUACUUCAAAGAGUUUUAUUAAAAUACGAACGUUGACAAUUUACGAAAAACAUUCAGGAGAGAUAUGGGAAUUUCCAUUACAAAAAUUUAUUAAAGACCGUUCACAACAAAAGGUAUUUGAUUUGCUUAAAGAGGGUUAUUCAAAGAAGACUGCAACACGGCGAGUGACUUAUGAACGGAUGCGAGAAGGUAUUCAUUAUUUAGAGGAUAUGUUACUUUUCAAAGGAUUUAAAAUGGAGAAUGACGGGGAGAACAGAUUUGGGUUUACUGGGAAUGUUAAAAUUACUUUCCCUGAUGGGAGAGUGAUGACUGAGAAGAAUAUCAGAACUGUUGGAAACAUAAUAUGGGAAUAUUUCAGAGAUAAACUCAAUAAAAAACAGGAGUAUGUUAUUGAUAAAAACGAACUUAUAAAACUACAAGGUGACCUUCUAGCCAUCGUUCUAUAA